GGAGACCGCCAGCCAAUGGGUGGCGGCAGCGCUGAUUCUGCUCCACCAAUCGGGACAGCGCAGAUAGACAAGGGCGGCUGCUUCCUGGAGACCACAGGUGUGAAAGCGAGCGCCGCGCCCCAGGCUGGACGGGCUUCUGUAGCUGGCAGGAUGAAUGUGGGGGUGGCACACAGCGAAGUAAACCCCAACACUCGAGUGAUGAAUAGCCGGGGCAUCUGGCUGGCGUACACCAUCUUGGUAGGACUGCUGCAUGUGGUUCUACUCAGCAUCCCUUUCUUCAGCAUUCCUGUUGUCUGGACCCUGACCAACGUCAUCCAUAACUUGGCUAUGUAUGUCUUCCUACAUACGGUGAAAGGGACACCCUUUGAAACCCCUGACCAAGGAAAGGCUCGGCUACUGACAUACUGGGAACAGAUGGACUACGGGCUCCAGUUUACCUCUUCCCGCAAAUUCCUCAGCAUCUCUCCUAUUAUACUCUACCUCCUGGCCAGCUUCUACACCAAGUAUGAUGCUGUUCACUUCCUCAUCAACACAGCCUCAUUGCUCAGCGUACUGCUGCCUAAGUUGCCCCAGUUCCACGGGGUUCGUCUCUUUGGCAUCAACAAAUACUGAGGGAUGGGGCUGGGGACGACGUUGGGAACAAAGGGCUACAACAUCCUUCCCUUCUCCAUACUGUCUUCUCUAUCUCGAAAGCCUGAGAACUAUACAACCUUUCCCAAACUCCCAGGAAGAGAAAAGAUUAGAAUAAAGCAGCUCCCUGGGCCCAGCCCUGCUAGGAACAGGUUUCUUUGAAUCAGGAAAGACAGGUGAGGUAAGAGCCAAAUCAUUCUCAUCUGCAGCAGGAAGCCAUGUUUGGGCAGCUUGUUUGGUGAUUAAGUUUUUCCAUAGCUUCCACCCCCACCACCUUCCAGCUCUAUUUUGCUGUGUAUUUUCCUUAUAAUAAAGAUCAUUUUUUUUCA